AUGCGUCCACAAUCUUAUAAAACUCAAAGUGGUCUUCAAUGGCAUGAAACAAUAAAACAUAAAGAACAUAAUAUGAUACCUUCUCAUAUAUUACCGAUACCUAUUUAUGAGCUUGAUCAUAUUAAGAAAGUAAUG